AUGCCUUGCCCGCCGCCCGGCAUGGUGUGCCAGGCCAAGAUCGCGGCCCAGGAGCGGCCCGGCGGCCCCGCGAGGAAGGAGCCCUGGCGGGAGCCCCCCGCGCCCCCGCCCGCCGCGCCCCCGACGCCCGCCCCCGACGCCCUGGCCAUCCGCCCCUUCCAGCCGGCCCAGCGCCAGGCGGCGCGCCGCAUCUUCUACGAGGGCAUCCUGGAGCGCGUCCCCAACACCGCCUUCCGGGGGCUCAAGGACCAGCCCGCCGCCCAGCUGGCCUACGGGGCCAUCACCGUCAUAUGCUUUGUUGUGACCAAGUCCUUGCUGCUGACCUGCUGUUUGCCCAUCUUUCUAAUGGGUAUGAGAUACUACUUCAGUAGAAAAGUUAUCCUCAGCUAUCUGGAGCGUGCCCUGAAUACGGACAUGUCUGAUAUUGAGCAAUAUUACAUGAAAUCGCCAGGUUCCUGCUUCUGGGUGGCCAUGCUGAACGGCAAUGUGGUGGGCAUCGUAGCCGCCCGAGGCAACGAAGAAGACAACACGCUGGAGCUGCGCCGGAUGUCCGUCGACUCCAAGUACCGGGGGAAAGGGAUUGCCAAAGCCUUGGGCCGCAAGGUGCUGGAGUUUGCCGUGAUCAAUAACUAUUCCUCUGUCGUACUGGGAACCACAGCCGUGAAGGUGGCAGCCCACAAGUUGUACGAGUCUUUAGGAUUCAAGCACGUGGGUGUGGUUGAACACUACACUCUGCCGGGGAUGACGCAUUCCCUACUCGAGCGAGUAUUUUUCCAGCUUCGCUACCACCGCUACUGCCUGCAGCUGCGUGAGGAAUAA